UCGGUAUCCAACCGUCUUCACUUUCAUUUCAUUUUUACACACUUCUUUUAACAAGUUUACUUUCGGGAUUGAAAUUGGAACUGGAAUUGGAAUUUUACAUUAAAAUGACGGAAAUAUGUCACGGAGCUGUGAGAGAGGAGGUGUCGUCGUGUGGCGAGUCGAGUUCACGCGCCGCACGACAGAAGAGGAUGGAAAUUAGAAAAUUUAAAUAUGUACCUACGGUCGGUAACGGUAACGGGUGCAAAAAAGCGAAGCUGACGGUUUCACCAGUUUCGAUGUCUCGUGGGUGCGAUGCUACAGUUGAUAACCGUUGUUUAACCGCGGGUGGUUUUGAUGUCGAAUCGGAUCCGAAAUUCGGUGUUGCGUCGGUUUGUGGACGGCGGCGAGAGAUGGAAGACGCGGUGGCGAUUCAUCCGUCGUUUAUUGAGGAUGAUAAAAAAUCACUUGCGCAUUAUUUUGGGGUGUAUGAUGGCCACGGUUGUUCUCAUGUUGCAAGAAGAUGCAAACAUCGGUUACACGAGUUGGUGAAAGAAGAAUAUAAGAAGAAUGAUGAGUGGAAGGAUACGAUGGAGCAAAGCUUCCGUAGAAUGGACGAGGAAGUGACGGUUUGGAACCAGCAAGCAUCGAUUGGCGACUGCCGGUGCGAGCUUCACGCGCCGGAGUCAUAUGGGGUUGGAUCUACGGCCGUGGUUGCGGUUGUGACUUCUGAUAAGAUUGUUGUUGCAAAUUGCGGUGAUUCGAGAGCUGUACUUUGUCGAAAUGGCAAAGCGGUGCCGCUAUCGAAUGAUCACAAGCCUGAUAGUCCUGAUGAGCUUAGCCGGAUCGAAUCAGCUGGUGGGAAAGUUUUAUAUUGGGAUGGCGCGAGAGUUUGCGGGGUUCUAGCCAUGUCUAGAGCUAUCGGUGAUGGUUAUUUGAAACCUUAUGUGAUUUCCCAGCCAGAUGUGACUAUCACUGAACGGACAGCAGGGGACGAGUGUUUGAUACUUGCAAGCGAUGGAUUAUGGGAUGUAGUGUCAAAUGACACUGCGUGUGGACUCGCGAGUUUGUGUUUGAAAGGAAAUGGACCGUCGGCGGAGAUGAAGAGCCCACCCAAUAAUGAGGUGUCAGAGUAUGAGAAUUGUGACCGGGCUUGUUCCAAUGCAUCGUUGCUAUUAACCAAGCUGGCUUUGGCUCGAGGGAGUGCGGACAAUGUUAGCGUUGUUGUUGUAGAUCUAAGGAAAACGGAUCCUUAUAAUCAGGGACAAUUUUGAAAAAGAAGAUGAUUCAAAUCUUAAAUUUAGGUACUAAGAAUAGUAUAAAUAUACUGCUUGCGCUAAACUUAAAUGUAAAUAUGAAUAUAUGUUUUGUUUAUGUAUCUGUGUAACACAUAGAUUUUGUUUCAAUAGAACCUUGAACCUAAAAGUGUUCUUUUUUUCU